AUGCUCGAUUCACCUGUUCACCCGUCUGAAUUCGCGCGCGACAAUCGAUCAAGUUCGAGGUCAGCUGUGCCUUUCAACGAGAAAAAUGCGGCCACCUCGCUUUCGAACAUCAAGGACAUCAUAUCUCGAGUCGAGUGGAGCUGCUCUUUCGUCAUCGGACGAUCGCUCGUACGAGAACUCAAAGGUCUAUCUCGAUACAAAAGCAGUCUAGAUGUUUACAGACGUCUCAUCGCACAUGCUACACAUGACGGAGAAAAAGUAGUGAUUCUUGAUGAGAAAAUCGAUGAAUUGCUACCGGUUAUACGUGAACUUAUUCUAAAAAAUGGAUUAGAUCCAGCGAACGUACCAGAUAUUACCCAAGAUAUUGAUCCAAAUAUUCCUGGAAAAAUAAAUAUCAUGAUCGAGCAUACGAAAGGAAUAUUGCAAAAUUUAUCAACAAUCAAACGUACGGAACGGGUACAUGGAAUAUACAAGGACAAAGUUUUAACGUUGGAUAUGAAUCUUCGAUUUGACGUGUUGAACUGUAGCUACGCAACUGCUCUCAGCUUAAUAGGUGACACAAUGACUGGUGGCGUAUAUGGUCGUUUCUACGAUCUGGACAUUAAUAUCGUAGCGAGGAUAGAUAUGGUUAAUUAUUAUGUAUAUCUUGAUUCCCUCAAGUUUUCUGAUGUUAGAAAAUUUGAGAGUCAUCUAUCAGAUUUACCGAACCUAAACAUUCUGACUGAAGAAUUUAAAUAUUUUUUCGAAUACAAUAUAUUGACAGUCAUUGAGAAGCGUUCCCUAGAAAUGUUCCGUGAAAAAAUCGAUGAAUGGAAUAACAAGUUUCCACGGCCAAAUUUGACUUGGAUAGUAGAUAUAGGCGAAUUGAUUCAUAACUUGGAUAAGUGCUAAACAAAUUAUAGAUUCUUAUUUUUAGAACACCCUUUUCUAAAGUAGGAAACAUUCAUAAUACCAAAAGAAUCAUUUUACUUUAAGGGAGGAAUCCUCUAAAGAGUCAGAUAUACCUAAUUUAAAAAUACAGACAAAAUGAGAAUUAUUUUUAUAUUAAUAAAAUAAAUACAUUAUUUUACAACACAAAGCAAAGAAAGACUGUAAAGAAAACAGAUGUAAUAAAUUUAGCCUACAAGUACAAGAUUUUUGUCCUGAACGAUGAAAUUAGAAUUAUGUUACAUACUUGCACUUAUUCAUGACCACUUUUUUAAGACAUUUUUAAGUCUUCUUUUCUGAUAAUGAGUCAUUUAUUAAUUUAAUCUAUUUUUCUAAUAAAUUAAAACAGUUACAAACACUGCAACUAUAAAUUGCAACACUAUAUAUAAUCAUAUAUGUUGCUGUAACUAUACAGAAUCAUAUAACAUCAAAUAAACACAUAAAAAACAUACGAUCAUUUGUUAUUAACAAAAAAAUAUUGUUAGUUUUAAAGGAUGUUCAAGAAACACUUAAAAAUAUUUGU